UUGUUUACGUUGUGUUACAGCUGACAGCAGCCGGCAAAUGUUUACAUUUGUUUUUACCAACUGCGGCCGUAGCCGCUGUUUUCUGUUGGGCGCUGCCCCGCUGAAUCAUUACCCGUUCACCUGUUGUGCAGUGUAGAGAUACCGAAAAAAACAGAAGCCCCACUUGCAGCGCCCAAAUGGAUCUAGCCCGGGACGAACUGUUGCUCCUGUUCGACGUCGAUGGAACGCUCACGGCGCCGCGCCAAUCCAUCACGGAGGAGAUGAAGGAGUUCCUCUAUCAAAGCGUCCUGCCGCGGGCCACCCUCGGCGUGGUGGGCGGUUCCGAUCUGGAGAAAAUGUGCGAACAGCUCAAUGGGCAGGAGUUUCUGCACAAGUUCGACUACGUGUUCCCCGAGAACGGGCUGGUACAGUACGAGGCCGGCCGGGAGAUGGGCAAGAUGUCCAUCAGCCAGCAGCUCGGCGAGGACGUGCUGAAGCGCUUCAUCAACUACUGCCUGCACUACAUCGCCGAUCUGGAGCUGCCGAUCAAGCGCGGCACGUUCGUCGAGUUCCGCAACGGCAUGCUGAACGUGAGCCCGAUCGGGCGCAACUGCUCGACGGCGGAGCGGCAAGCGUUCUACGCGUACGACCAGACGCACCAGGUGCGCCAGCGCAUGAUCGACCGGCUGCGGGCCGAGUUCGCGGAGGUCGACCUCACGUACAGCAUUGGGGGGCAGAUCAGCUUCGACGUCUUUCCGACCGGGUGGGACAAAACGUUCUGCCUGCGGCACAUCGCGAAGCGGGCGAAACCGUUCCGCGCGGUACACUUCUUCGGCGACAAGACGAGCCCGGGCGGGAACGAUUACGAGAUUUACAGCCACCCGGACACGAUCGGCCACCGGGUGGAGUCGCCGGACGACACGCGCCGGCAGCUGGCGGAGCUGCUGAAGCUGUGAAAAUCGAGCAAAAAAUGAUGAGACGCGCGC